AGACAACCCUUCAUAUAAAUUCUUCAAUCAACAAAAGGAAUAUAUAUAGGCAUAUCAACAUCUCUCUCACUCUCUCUCUCUCUCACUCUCUCUCUCAAACACCCACACAAGCAUUCAUUGAUGAAAAUGCUGAUUGUAGCCUUGUAGUUCUGAGUUCUUCUUGCUCAUCUUCUGGUUUUUUAAUUACCCAUCAUUGAUCACACAGGAGAGAUUCAAGAAAAAAAAAAGGGAUAGAAAUACUCAUUCUGGUUAGCGGAUAAGACCCUUCUUAAUCUUCCCCAAUGUUUAAGGAAAAUUCCCACCAGAGAGACCUAAUCUAUCCCUUUAGAUAAGAGAGAAAAUUUAUCCACUAAAUCUGGGCACUUAGCUGGUGAUCUCUACUAUACCCUCUCUCCUACAAAAAUAAACACGUUUUUUUUUUUUGGUUGAAUGAGUUCUCUUCAGUUUCUCUUUCUUAAACUGAACAAGCUUUAAAAUUUGAAAUUGAAGCUCCCUAUAUAUUAUUUACGUCUAAUACUUCUUUUUAUUUAUCGAAAUAUAUAUAUAUAUACUGGGUGGUAGUAGUAGUAGUAGAAGACGUAGUAGUAGAAAUAGUUGGUCGGGGUUGUUCUUGUUCUUGUAUUGUUCAUGGACUGCUUGAGAGAAAUAGAAGGCAAACAAGCUCAUGAUCCUAUAUUCAUUGAAAAAAUGAAUAAAUCUUCAACACGCUGUGUAUGCGUCCCUGGUCCGGUGAUCGUCGGGGCAGGCCCGUCGGGGCUAGCCGUGGCAGCUUGCCUGAAAGAAAGAGGUGUACCGAGUACGGUCCUAGAGAGAUCCAACUGCAUAGCAUCUUUAUGGCAGCUAAAGACUUAUGAUCGCCUUCGGCUUCACUUGCCAAAACAAUUCUGCGAGCUUCCUCUCAUGGGGUUCCCUACUGAAUUUCCAACUUACCCUAGUAAGCAACAAUUUAUUGACUACUUAGAAAAAUAUGCAGAAAAGUUCGAUGUUAGGCCACGGUUCAAUGAGACUGUGUCACACGCAGAAUUUGAUCAAGUUCUUGGAUUUUGGCGCGUGAGGACUGUUGGGCCAAAGGUGGAGGAAACGGAGUAUGUGUGCCGGUGGGUGGUGGUGGCCACCGGAGAGAAUGCAGAGGCCGUGGUGCCAGAGAUUGAAGGAAUGGGUGAAUUUGGAAGCGAUAUAAGACAUACAAGUUUGUAUAAAAGUGGAGAAGAGUUUACAGGAAAAAGGGUUUUGGUGGUUGGAUGUGGGAAUUCAGGAAUGGAGGUUUGUCUAGAUCUAUGCAAUCAUAGUGCCAAGCCUUCACUUGUGGUCAGAGAUACGGUGCAUAUUCUACCAAGAGAGAUGCUGGGAAAAUCAACUUUCGGGCUGUCGAUGUGGUUGCUAAAGUGGCUGCCCAUGAGGCUUGUGGAUCGGUUCCUGCUGGUAGUGUCAAGGUUGAUGCUCGGAGAUACGGCGAGAUUGGGAUUGGAGCGGCCACAAUUGGGACCCCUUGAACUCAAGAACUUGUCCGGGAAGACCCCAGUAUUAGAUGUUGGGACACUGGCCAGAAUCAAAAGUGGAGACGUUAAGGUAUGUCCAGGUAUUAAGAGGCUGAAACGACAUAGUGUAGUUUUUGUUAAUGGGAAAACGGAGAACUUCGAUGCCAUUAUCUUAGCAACAGGUUACAAAAGCAAUGUACCAUCUUGGCUAAAGGAAGGAGACAUGUUCUCGGAGAAAGAUGGGUUGCCAAGAAGGCCAUUUCCAAAUGGGUGGAAAGGUGAGUGUGGGCUAUAUGCAGUGGGGUUCACUAAACGUGGAAUUCUUGGUGCUUCAAUCGAUGCCAAGAGAAUAGCUGAAGAUAUUGAAAGGUGUUGGAAAGCAGAAGCAAAACAUUCUAUGGCCUUUGCUAGGUCACUUCUGCCUCUGUCAUCACCAUGAAUUUUUGGUUUUUGAAUUCUAUAUAUAUCUAUAUAUAGAGAGAAGAUUUCUUUUGGAGUAUUAUAGGAGAUUGGAGGGUUUUUCUUCUAUGGUGCCAAUUGACACAAUGUUGGCACCAAAGUUAGUGCUUCUCCAAUAGAGGAAAUGAACAGAAAAGAAAAAAAAAAGGAAGGUAUAAAGGGUGACAGUCAUAGCUGGGAGAAGCCUUAACUUUUCAAAAUGACACCAGCUCAAAGGCCUUAGGAAGGAGGAAAAUUUUUUUAUAAGAAAAGAAGGUUUGGUGUGGUUUUGUGGGGGACCUCAGCUAUUGUGUACAUCUUGUACAUUACCAUUUUUCUCUAGUUAGGUAUGACUUUUUACAGAGGGAAAAGAGAGGAGGAGGUGGUAGGUUGUUUGGUAUUUGUUUGCUAAGUGCUAUGAUUGUGCUUAACCUUUUAAUUUCAUCAUCUUCCAUGGGGUUUGGGAUCUCUUUUUGGGGAGUAUAUAACAUUCUUAUGUUUUCCCUAA